AUGGACAAUUUUAUUGCAUAUAAAAUGAAGAAUUUCUGUGAUGAUGUCAUUAUUAUUUUGAUAAAAAAAAAAGAUUAAAUGGCAAAAAUUCUUUUUCUUCUUUCACUUUGUUUAGUCAUUAGAGCAUAAUGGGAACUUGUAAGUGAAGAUCUAUUAGAUUUUACUGUUUCCACCGAUAAAUGGAAGUUUAGAAAUUCAUGCGAUUGGAAUAUUAUUUUUGAAAGUGGAUAGUUUUAAAAAUGCAAAGAAAACGACAUAAGAUAUAUUUUAGUAGGGAAAUCAAGGAUUAGCGCAUUUUAUUCUGUAUUAAAUUUGCCUCCACAUUAUGAAGUUAAAGUUAUUAUAGAUGGUUAUUUUAUAUGGCCACCAGGUUCAACUGUUACAAUUUCUUAUGAUAUUUAAGGAUCCUCUCCUUCAUAAUCAUUCAAUUACAAGGAUGAUAAUGUAUAAAGUUAUGAUAAAGCUUGUAAUGAUGACUGGAGUAAGUUUGAUAUAUAAACAUUCACUAUGAAAUUUAAUCAUAAUGAUAAUGAUGAAAUUAAGUUUAGAGUGUGUGGAACAAAUUUUCCAGAUGAUAGAAAUUAUGGUAUAAGAGGUUUAUAGAUUUAUGUAAAUAAAUGUCAUUGGUCAUGUUUAAAAUGUAGUAGCAAUUUAGAAAGUACUUGUCUAGCUUGUUUUACUAAUCCUUCUGCUAAUUUAGGGUCCCCUUCAAGUUGUGGAAAUUGUCCUGCUAAUUAUGCUUUUAUUGAAUAUUUAGAUAAUACAAAAAGUUGUGUAACUGAAUGUAAUUACUAUAGAAUUCCAGAUUCUAAUAAAGUAUGUUAAUUUAAUGAAUGUAUUGAUUUUAAUUAUUAUUUAGAUAUGCUUCCUUAUACAACAUUUUUUGAUACUACUACAUUUGCUUCUACAUCUCCAUGGAUAUUUGUUCCUGAUCCAAUAAAUUUUAAUUUAGUUUAUUCCGAAAAGAUAAACACAAUUCCUUGUUUAUCUAGUAAAAAUUAUGUAGGUGCAUUUUUUUAUAAUGAAGGAUUUAGUAUUAAGUUAUCAAUUCCUUAUAAUAUCUCAUAUAUAAGAUUUAGAGCAACUAUAAUAAAAUUAAACAAUUGGGUUGAUUAUUCAGCAGUUCAUGUAUUAUUAGAUGAUAUUGAAUUUGCAUCUGUCUACACUAUGUCUUAAGUAAUGACAGGUCGAAAUGCUGAUUAAUUAUAUUCUGAUACAAAUUGUACUAAUCCGAAUGUUGGAUAUUAUAGAUUAGAAACUAAAUUAAAAUCAAACAUCACAAAUCCUAUAUUGGUCUUAUAAGGAUCUAUGGAGUAUUAAUAUAAUAAUAAUAAUUAAAAGUUAAUCUGGUUUAUAAUCUUGGGGUUUUCGAGAUGUUGUUAUGGAUAUAAUGAAAUGUUAAGAAUCAUGUGAUUGGUGUGAUUUUGAUUAAAAAUGUUAUUCUUGUUCAACAGGAUUUCUUUAUAAGAAUAAAUGUGUAUCUAAUUGUCCAUCAUAUGGAAUUUAGACUACAAGAGUUUGUUAAGAUUUAGAUGAAAUUGCUGCUAGUAUAAAUAUAUAAUAUUAAAUGUUAGAUUCAAAAUAUAUAAUAAAAGCAUUUUAUGAUUCUUCAAAUACAACUGAUAUAGAUGUAAGUUCUAUUGUUGGAACAGUAUCAAACUCAGGUGGAGAUUUUAAAACUAAAGAUCGCUUUUUGAAUACUAAUACUGCUAUUUACUUUAGUUAUUAUUUGUAAAAAAGAGUAUUAGGUGGUCCAUUAGUUUGGUAUAAAGCAAAAUUUCUAAGAAACUUCAAUUUAAAUCCUCAUUAUAGUUUUAGAUUUAAAUUUAUCAUCAUUUUAGGAGAUGAUUUUGAUGGAAGUUUUGAUUAUGAUAUUGGAGGAAUUUCAGCUUCAUUAACAAGAGAUAGUAAACCUACUACAGCUAAUAAUGUUGGUAGAGAUAAAGAUGACAGAUAUAUAAUUAUUGAUAGAAUAGAAUCACAUUUUACAUCCACUUUUUCAGUUGAACUCUAAUGUAAAUCAAAUAAAGGAUCAAUCGAAGAUAAUUUUUGUAUUAUUUAUGAUUAUUUUAUACUUAUUUUAGAAGUAAAUAAUAAAUAUUAAUUAGUGUACUCAAUAUUGUACUGCUUGUACUGGCCCAACAUGGGGAUAAUGCACAGGAAAAUAAUCAUUGCCAACAGGAAUGUAAACACCUUCUACAUGCAUAAAUAAAACUUACUAUUUUGAUAACACUGUUACUCCUGCUGUUUGUAGAUAAUGCACUCCUACUUAUUGUUUAGAAUGUUUAAAUUCAUACAUUUGUACUAAAUGUGCUACUAAUUUUUAUUUAUUAAAUGGAAAUUGUUAAUGUUAUCCUUGGACGUAUUUAACUAAUACAAAUACUUGUGUAAAUUGUCAUCCUUUAUGUGAAUCUUGUUAUGGUUCUGGCAGUAAUGAAUGUUUAUCUUGUAAAAGUUCUUAACAUAGAUAUUUAAAUAAUAACCAAUGUAUUUGUCAGAGUAAUUACUAUGAUGAUGGUAUCAAUUAAAAUUGUAAAUCAAUUUGUGGUGAUAUGAUUGUAACCGAAGGAGAAGAUUGUGAUGAUGGUAAUACAAUUAGAUUUGAUGGGUGUAAUAAUUGUAAAUUUGAAUGCUAAAAAGAGUGUAAAAUUUGUAUUAAUGGAUAAUGUUCAGUUUGUGUUACUGGUUAUACAAUUUAAAAAACUAUGAAAAGAUGUUAUCCAACAUGUGGAAAUAGUUCAAUUGUUAGUGAAGAGUAAUGUGAAGAUAAUAAUCUAACUCCAUAUGAUGGUUGCUAUAAUUGUUAAUUUUAAUGUUAACCUUAAUGUACAUCCUGUAUCUAUGGAAAAUGUUAUCAAUGUGAUAAAUCAAUUGGUUAUUAUAUUAAUUUGGCUAUUUAUAAAUGUAUAACUAUUUGUGGAGAUUAAAUUGUUGCUGGAGCUGAAAUGUGUGAUGAUGGAAACGAUAAUCCUUUUGAUGGAUGUAAUAUGUGUGCUAAUUCAUGUGAUUCAUUUUGUGAUUUAUGUAUUUUUGGUGUUUGUACCAAAUGCAAAUCAGGAUUUUACUUAUUAAAUAACAAUGGUAAAUGUGCUCCUAUAUGUGGAGAUAAAAUUGUAUCAUACUACUAUGAAUAGUGCGAUGAUGGUAAUUUAAUUUCUUAUGAUGGAUGCGAUUUAUGUCAACUAACUUGUUAAGAAUAAUGUACUUCAUGCCUUUAUGGUAUUUGUUAAGAAUGUAAAAAAGGAUAUAAAUUAAAUUAAAAACUCAAAUAGUGCAUUUCAACAUGUGGAGAUAAUAUACUAUCUUCACAAUAUGAAUAAUGUGAUGAUGGUAACAUUACUUUUUAAGAUGGUUGCUUUUAAUGUCAAUAUGAAUGUUAAUCUGAAUGCUAAACUUGUGCAGCAGGUAUCUGUUAUAGUUGCAAAGCAAAUUUUUAUCUUAGCUCUGAUAAUUUAUGUCUUCCUAUAUGCGGUGAUGGUAUUAUUUCAAAAUUUGAAUAUUGUGAUGAUUUUAACUUUAUAAUAGAGGAUGGAUGUUCAAAUUGUUCAUUUUAAUGUGAAAAAUCUUGUAAUUAAUGUUCUUUUGGAAUUUGUGUAUCCUGCCAAAAUGGAUAUUAUUUAAAUUAAUCUAAAAAGAAAUGUUUUCCUAUUUGUGGAGAUACAAUCAUUAAAGCAGAUGAAUAAUGUGAUGUUGGUAUACUUCCAUUUGAUUACACUUUAUAAAAUAACUCUGGAUGUAUUAAUUGUCAAUUAUUAUGCUCUCCAUAAUGUUAAAUUUGCACAUAAGGUUAAUGUUUAAAAUGUAAAGAGUCUUUAGGAUGGUAUUUGGAUUAUGAAACUUUAAAUUGUUACACUUAAUGUGGAGAUUCAAUUAUUAGUGACUAUGAAGAAUGUGAGGAUUCUAAUUCUUAAUUAAAUGAUGGAUGCAAUCAAUGCAUUUUUACAUGUUAGAAUGAAUGUUCAAAAUGUAUUUUUGGAUAGUGUUAAUAAUGUGAUUAUGGAUAUACUUUAAUUAAUAAUAUAUGUAAAUCAGUUUGUGGGGAUGGCAUAAAAGCUGGGAAUGAAGAAUGUGAUAUAGGUAUAAUUAACUUUGAUGGAUAUGAAUGUGUUAACUGUAUGUAUAAAUGUUCAGAUGGUUGUAAUAAUUGUGUUUAUGGUUAAUGUUUAGAAUGUUAAAAUAAUUAUGGAUAUUAUUUUAAUUUAAAUAAUUAAUGUGAAUCAAAAUGUGGGGAUUUAAUUAUAAGUUAGAAUGAAAAUUGUGAUGAGAAUAAGGAAUCAUGUAUUAGUUGUAAUUUUGUAUGUGAUGUUAAUUGUGAUUAAUGUUAAUUUGGAAUUUGCUAAAAUUGUAAAGAUGGAUAUCAAUUAUUAUUAAAUAAAUGUAUUAGUAUUUGUGGAGAUUUAAUUUAAGCAAAUAAUGAAGAUUGCGAAAAUGAUGAUAUUAUUCCUUUUGAUGGUUGUUAUUUAUGUAAAUAUUAAUGUUAAAAUGAAUGCUAAUAAUGUAUUAAUGGAGAAUGCAUAUCUUGUGAUGAAAUAAAUGGAUGGUAUUUAUAAAAUAAGAGAUGUGAAACUAAAUGUGGUGAUGGUAUUUUAGCAGGAUUCGAAGAAUGUGAUAUAAAGCAAGAAUAAGAUAAUGGAGAUAUAUCAUUUAAUAAAUGUUUUAAUUGUAAAUAUUAAUGUGUUGAAAAUUGUUUAUAAUGUGAUAAAGGUAUUUGUAAAUAAUGUUAAAGUGGUUAUAUUUUGAAUGAUUUUAAUGAAUGCAUAAAUGAAUGUGGUAAUUAAAGUAUUUAAGAAUUUGAAUUAUGUGAUGAUGAUAAUUUUAUUGGAUUAGAUGGUUGUUUUUAAUGUUAAUAUGAUUGUUAAUCUUAAUGUUAAGUCUGUGUUAAUGGAUAAUGUCUGUUAUGUGAGGAAGGAUUUUAAAUAGAUAAUAAGAGUUUCUAAUGUAAAUAUAUAUGUGGUGAUAUGAAAAUAACAUAAUUUGAAGAAUGCGAUGAUGGUAAUGAUAUACCUUUUGAUGGAUGUUAUGAUUGUAAAUAUUCAUGUGUUGAAAAUUGUGAUAUUUGUCUAGAAGGUGUUUGUUAAGGUUGUAUAUAAGGAUACAUUUAUGAAUUUCCUUAAUGUAUUCCUGAUUGUACAGAUAUAAAGAUAAAAUAGAAUAUGGAUUAUUGUUAUUUUAAUGAAUGUUAAAGUGAAUGCAUAAGAUGUAUAAAAGGGGAUUGCUAUUAAUGUUUAAAUGGAUGGUAUUGGAAUGAAGUAGAAUUAAUUUGUGAAAGCAAAUGUGGAGAUCAUAUAAUAGUAGGAUUAGAGGAAUGCGAUAAUUAUUAAUAAAGAGAUGAUUUAUAUUGUAAUAAUAAAUGUUAAUUUGGAUGUCCUUAAAAUUGUGAUCGUUGUGAAUUUGGUUAUUGUUAAUAAUGUUAAAAUGGUUAUUAUUUGAUAUAAAAUGUAUGCUAAAAUUAUUGUGGUGAUAAUUAAGUUGUGGAAGUAAUAGAAUAAUGUGAUGAUUAUAAUAUAGAUGCAUUUGAUGGUUGUUUUUAAUGUAGUUUAAGUUGUAAUUAAUAAUGUUCUUUAUGUAUUAAUGGUAGAUGUGAGAGAUGUUUAGAUGGAUAUAUAAAAUAAAAUGAAGAUUGUAUAUCAAUAUGUGGAGAUGGAUUAUUAAGAAUUGAUGAAGAUUGUGAUGAUUAAAAUUCUUUAAAAUAUGAUGGUUGUAAUUAAUGUAAAUUUGAAUGUGAUGAGAAUUGUAAUAAAUGUGAAUAUGGUAAAUGUUUAUAUUGUAAUAUUGGAUAUUAUUUAUAAGAUUAGAUUUGUGUUACAUUUUGUGGAGAUGGUUUGAUAGUAGGUAAUGAGAAAUGUGAUAAUGGUAAUAUAUUUGAAGAAGAUGGAUGUUAAGGAUGUUAAUACUCUUGUUAAUAAUAUUGUAAGACAUGUUAAUAUGGUCAAUGUAUUUAAUGUUAUGAUGAAAUGGGUUGGCAUUUAACACCAUAGGGUGAAUGUUAAACCGUUUGUGGUGAUAAAAUAAUAGCAGGAUAAGAAUCAUGUGAUGAUGGUAAUGAAAUAAAUUAUGAUGGAUGUUAUGAAUGUGAAAAGGUUUGUUAAGAGAGUUGUACAGAAUGUACUAAUGGUUUAUGUUAUGAAUGUAAUACAAUAGGUUGGAUAUAAUAUGAUUUUUUAUGUUGGGAAAUAUGUGGAGAUGGAUUAAGAGUAGGUAUUGAAGAUUGUGAUGAUGGUAAUGAUAUUAAAUAUGAUGGGUGUUUUGAAUGUAAAUUUUAAUGUUAAGAAUAAUGUACUAUUUGUAAAGAAGGUAUUUGUUAUGGUUGUCUAAAUCCAGGGUGGAUACUUUAUUAAAAUUAAUGUGGUCCAUAUUGUGGAGAUGGAAUAAUUAUUUAAGAAUAUGAAUAAUGUGAUGAUGGUAAUUAUGAACCUUAUGAUGGUUGUUUUGAAUGUUAAUAUCAAUGUGAAGAACUUUGUACACUUUGUGAGAAUGGAAUAUGUUAUGAAUGUUCUUAAUUAGGAUGGACUAUUAAAUAAAAUUAAUGUAUUCCUUUUUGUGGAGAUGGUUUAAUUGUUGGAAAUGAAUAAUGUGAUGAUAUGAAUAAUAUUAAAGAUGAUGGAUGUUAUUAAUGUUAAUUCUUAUGUGAUUAAUCUUGUAUUGAUUGUUAAUAAGGUUAUUGUAAAGAAUGCUCAUAUGGAAUGCAUCCACAUAAUCAUACUUGUAUAUUUAUAUGUGGAGAUGGUUUACUUGCUUCAUCAAAUGAAUAAUGUGAUGAUGCUAAUUAAGAUAAUGGAGAUGGUUGUAAUUCAUAAUGUAAAAUUGAAAAAGAUUGGAUAUGCGUAAAUAAUUUUAAUUCAUUUUCUAUUUGCUCAUUUGAAAUAUAACCAGACUUUUAAAUUAAAGUUUUAACACCUCAUCCAUAAGAUUCUUGUAAUAUAUAAAUUACAUUUACAUAAAAAGUUAAAAUCUCUCCGAAUGUUAAAAAUAAUCUUAAUGAUUAUAUACUUACUACUCUUACUAACUCAGACAAAUUAAAUUACUAAAUUGAAUUAAUCAGUUAAAAUAUAACAACUUAAAAUAUAACAACUGAUUUAAUUCUGGAUUUUAAAAUUACUUAUUUAAGUCCUAUUGAACUUCCUAUUUUUAAAAUUGAAUUUAAUGAUAAUCCAAUCAUCUCUGAACUUAAUCAAGCACUUAUUAAAAAUCAUUCAACUAUACAAUUAUAAACACCUAUUGUUUUAGGAUAAACAGAAAUUAAUAUUGCAGAAUAAACGUAAGCCUUUAAUUAAGGAAUCAUCAUAGCUCUAGCAUCCUUAUCCUCUGUUUGCAUAUUAACAGGAUAAUCUGAUAUCUUUUGGAAUUUAAUGGAUCAAUUAUAAUACUUAUCAUAUGUCAAAUAUGUCAAUAUUGAUUUUUCACCUAAUCUUGCAAUCUAUUUUGAAGUUUUUAAAUUAGUGACUAUAUCUCCUUUGAUGUCUUUCUUAGGUAUCGAUGCUAUAUUUGAUGCUCUUGAUGGAAGUAAUCAAUAUUUUGUAACAACUGAAAAUAAAUUUCUUAAGGAUUAAAUUAAUGCCUAUUUCCUUACUAAUUUUUAGAGUUUCCUAUUUUGUGCUAUUGCUACAUACUCAAGUUAUUUCGGUGCUAAAUUUUUUUAUAAACAACUACAAAAAAUUGGUUAAAUAUAAAUUGUCUGGAUAGGAUUUAGAAUUGGUAAAAUCUUAAUAAGUCUUAAAAAUGAACUUAGAAUUAAAAUCUCUGAAUUUUAUUACAAUUCACUUUUAAGAUUAUUACUGUCUAAUUUUUAUGAUUUAAGUUUUGCAUGUGCAAUACAAUUAGCAUAUUAUCCUACCUAAAUGGAUUUUACAUUGAUUAUCAAUUAUUAUUUAGCAGGUAUCUUUUAUGUUGGAAUCGUCAUAUCCAUACUAACUUUAUUUGCACUUUCAAGUUCCUUCUCUAAAUAGUCUUCUUUAAAAAAAAAAUCUUAAUAUUAGGCUUUUUUUGAUGGAAUCAAUAAUGACAAUAAUAUGUGGAUAGUUUAAUAUAAUUCACUUUAAAUGAUAAAAAAAUUAGUAUUCAUAUCUGGUAUUGUAUUCUUAUAAGACAAUGGAUUUAUUUAAGUAAUUGCAAUAACUUUCUUAUAAUCAUUCUUUUUUAUUCAUUUCAUUCUCAAUAAACCACUAAAUAAUUAAUAUGAAUAUGUGAAAACCUUGACCACUGAAUUUUUAAUAAUCAUAAAUGUUUGUUCCUUUUUGUUCUAUUAAUACAAAAAUGAAUUUGGGUUUAAACCAGAAUCAAUGAUUAUUUUAGGAUGGCUACAUAUCGGAUCCUUUUCCUCCAUUUUAGCAAUUACUUUUGUUCUAGAUUUAUAUUAGUAAUUUAGAAAAUUAGCUAAGAUUAUUGCCUAAGCUAUAAAACCAAAAAAAAAAGAACCAGUACCUAUCUUUUAUUCAUAUAAUUGA